UUGGCUCCUCCUUCCCGCUCUCUUCGAAGAUGGCUGCGGUAGCUUCUUCCUUGGCAGCCCGCUGGGGUGCUUGGAGGACGCUGAUGCUCCGCUCCUGGCAUCGUUCUGCCUCCUCUUCGGCGUGGGCAGAGGACCUGCUUCGGCACAUGGACCAGCGUGACACCUGGGACCGUUUCUACUCUGAGAAAGGAGCUAGUGGCCCUCAACAUUUUGAUUGGUUCUUCGGCUACAGAGACAUCUCAGGAUUGCUGCUGUCCACACUUCAGAGUCUGUCCUCUGGCGAGGCCCGAAUCCUGGAUGUCGGCUGCGGCACUUCAGCCUUGGGCCUGGGGCUGUACCAAAACUCACCCUGCCAGCUCCACAUUUCCUGUGUGGAUUUUUCCCCUCUGGCCCUCAACUCCCUGCGCCAGCUGCUCUCGGACAGUCCCCCACCACGGCAUCCACUUUCCCAGCUAUGUUGCCAUCUAGCUGACGCCACCAACUUGAGGGACACUUUCGAAUCAGGCUCUUUUCACCUUGUACUUGACAAGGGGACUUGUGAUACGCUCCUCCGGUGUCCUCAAGGGCCAGGCCGAGCCAAGCAGUUAGUGGCAGAGUGCCUGAGGGUCCUGAGGCCUGGGGGCCGGCUGCUUCAGUUCUCUGAUGAGGACCCAGAUGCCAGAGUACAAUUCCUGGAACAAGCUGGGGGCGUGAAUGUAACCGUAACAGAAGUCGGACAAAUUAAUGGUGUUUGCUAUUAUGUCUACACGCUUGUUCAAAGGCUUUAAGUCAAAGGACUUAAAAGUGGACCUGAGUCCCCAUUAAUUCCACAUUAAUGCAAUAAACACAGGAUAAAGGUAAA